UUUCCCGCCCCAGACGAAACCCGAAGCACUUUUGAAUUUCCAAGCAAACAAGGUACAGACGCAUUGUAAACUGUCUCCGAAACAGCCCGCCGAUAACAAAGCAUUAUCCGCAGCUAUGGAGACAGCCAUGGCUAAAGAGGCUGAUUACGACCCUCGGCCACAAUCAGCACCGUUUCAGCGGCAAAGAGCGUGUAUCCCCUGCACUCAGGCAAAGCGACGCUGCGACAAGAGCCGUCCUUUUUGCCAGCGAUGCUUGACCAAACAAAUCAAGUGCCAUUAUUCGUCUCGUCGUCUCUAUGCCCGCGGCAGAGGAGAUGGGUCUUCCAGGGCAGAAUCUACAGCUACAGCGUCGGAGCCUUCAUUGGACUCAUCAACAUCGUUAUUGUUCACCGAGGACGGGGAUGCGCAUGACGAUGAAGACCAAAACACUUCUCAAGGUGAUGUUGAUGUGAACAAUCGCCAAUUGUUCAGUCGUCCUUGGUUUCUCAAAGCUGAAUUCUGGGUCAUCCACCAUCAAUCACUUCAUACGCCGCCCUCAAUCCGCAGCUCUGCCGUCCAGCAGUACAUUCGCUGCAUCAAAAAAUGGCUUCGACAAUGGGUCGACUGCAGCCAUUGCCCCAUCGUACAUGCAUCUCUCUUUGCCGAGACAGGAAUGCCACCAUGCUUGCAAGACGCAUAUGCUGCGCUGGCUGUCUACGGCAAUAAAAACGAACAAAACGAACAUGUAGUGAUGCAGCAUAUCCAAGACAAAGCCGAUGCGCUCUUGGAGGCUAACGCGGAAAACAAAGAUCCUCUGGUUGACAUGUUUGCCUCGUCAACGCCUCUUUCUACCGGCCAGCACCUGGCUAGAGUUCUGUCUUUGUUCAUCUAUCAGUUCAUCCGCCUCUUCGAUGGCCAUAUUCGCCAGCGAGCUUUGGCCGAGAAGCAAAUUGCGGUGCUGGAAGCCUGGACGACACAGCUUUGGGAAUCAGCAACCCUCGACGUCACUCUACAUAACACGUUUGGCGGCGAGUACCUGGCUGUUGAAGACAAAAUGGACAUGGCUAACCACUUGUGGCGUAACUGGAUCGUGAUGGAGAAUGUGCGCCGCGUCUGGAUGGUGUGCACGUACACACAAUGUAUCUACCUCCUCACCCGCGAUGGAACCGUCACCUGUACCGGAACCAUUGAUUUCACCGCUCGGCAUGGUCUCUGGGAUGCCACUUCAGCGGCGAUAUGGCUGCGUAUGUUGGAACAGAAGGAUCCUUUAUCUGUCGUGCCACAUGAUUCGGAUUGGCUGCGCGAAGCAACGACAAUCAAGGAUAUCGACCCGUUUAGCAUAGUGAAUAUGGGUUUGGGGCUGGAUUCGGAUAAGAUGGAUGCUUGGAUUGCAAACACGACGAAUAUGCGUCUUGAAGCCUUGAUGGAUGCGUAGUUGGCGACCAGUCGCUGAAAUACAGAACUUUGAACAAAACAAUUUGGAUAAUGCGCCGCAACUUGUCAUCCAUGCUCAAAAGAAAUGAAUUUCGGCAAACCUUUUCUACAAACCAAGAUUCGAAAAUGAGGCGUCGAGAGCGGCCGCUCGCUAGUGCACAAGCGGCCGCCUGAAUCCCGAUUGCUGGGGAGCCCUUGUGUCAGCCAAUCUUUCUACAAUAGGAUAGGAAGCUCUUUGGGAAGCAUAUGAAUGCUGAUUAAUUUCGAAUGUGUCGAUGGAUUUGGAAAGAAACAGUCCAUGUCGAGCGGAC